UUGGACAUUUCCACAUUUGAUGUUUGCUUGGGGAGAAAACCAACCCUGUUAAGAGUUGAAAAAAAUGGAAGGAGCCAUUCAUUUGUUUGGAAGUGAAAACUGAAGUUAUAACCAGGGGAAAACAUGGAUCGUGAGAAGCAAUCACUGUCACACCAAGAUAAAUUGCACUUCGGCCUCCCUGGCGUCAAGAGUGAUACCAUUGAGUCACAAACAAUUCAAAUCCUUUGUGAAAAUCUGUCAGUUGGGACUCUUGAAGAACAAAGAGCAGCAGCUGGUGAAUUACGCCUUCUAGCAAAAAGGAAUGCUGAUAACAGGAUUUCUAUAGCAGAGGCUGGGGCCAUUCCUUUGCUAGUUAAUAUUCUGUCCACACCAGAUGGAAGAACACAAGAGCAUGCUGUGACAGCUCUACUUAACCUUUCCAUUUAUGAAAACAAUAAAGGGGCAAUAGUUAUGGCUGGGGCAAUUGCUCCAAUUGUUGAGGUUCUCAAAAAUGGUAGUAUGGAAGCAAGAGAAAAUGCUGCUGCAACUCUCUUUAGCUUGUCAGUUGUUGAUGAGAACAAGAUAACAAUUGGUGCAUCUGGAGCAAUACCUGCUCUGGUUGGCUUGCUUCGCGAGGGGAGCCAGAGAGGUAAGAAAGAUGCUGCUACAGCACUAUUUAAUUUAACAAUCUAUCAAGGUAACAAAGCAAGGGCCGUGAGGGCUGGAGUUGUAGCCCCUUUGAUGCAAUUACUUGUAGAUCCUAGUGCAGGGAUGGUUGAUGAAGCCCUGGCCAUAUUGGCUAUUCUUGCAAGUCACCAAGAAGGUAAAAUAGCCAUCGGGAAUGCUGAGGCCAUUCCAAUAUUAGUGGAUAUAAUCAGAACUGGUUCACCUCGAAACCGGGAAAAUGCAGCAGCUGUCUUACUUGCAUUGUGCACAAAUGAUCCCCAAAAUCUGAUUGUAUUCAAAGACCUUGGAGCUUUAGAACCCUUAACAGAUUUGGCUCAGAAGGGCACAGCAAGAGCCAAGCGCAAAGCAGUUUCUCUAUUAGAGCAUAUGAACAGGCCAGAGCAAGGGCCAAGUAGUCAUGGUGAUCAAAGAUCAUCUUCCUGUGGUUGUAUUAUAUAUUUAUUUGAGAGCUGAAUCUUGUAUCCUGGUCAUAUGGUGACAUCCAAGUGGCUAUGAGGUAAGGAUGUUGGGGUGUGAAAAAUAAUAUAUUUUCUUAUAUGUUGGAAGGCACGUGGUGUGAACAAGUGCUUGAAGCAAUCUGAUGUUUGGAAGAACAAGGUUUUUUCUCUUUAGAUGGGAAGGGUUUGAACUGGUGUGUAUUUUGUGUGUCAGUUAUGAAUAUUUAAGCAUUUGUUUAGUUCUCUGAGCGUGCAAGAUUGUGUAAAAAGACUGAAACUUUUAUCAAUUGAAGAUGAUGCAAAUUAAGGCCAAACUCUCAAAUUAUUUUCUUCUUCCUCUAAUUUUGAAA